AUGUCAGCUCAGAAGGCAGAGAAUGGAGAUUUACACGAAAAAAUCCGUGAAAUUUUCUCUGGUAUUACUGGAUUGGAUGUGGACGAAGUCAAAGAUGACUCAGAGCUAGACGAGCUUGGAAUCGACCCAAUCCUGGCCAGAGAGCUGGCACGAAAGCUCAGUGUCCUUUCUGGUCGCACGAUACAGAGCAACCAGAUCCUAUUAUCCGGCAAUUUCAUAGACCUCGUUAACCAUAUCUGGGCCGUUAUCAAUACCAGAAAUGACACAGCAAAUGGUAAUGAGAAAGAUACGUCGUCCAGAAAACAGGCGUAUAUAGAGCCUACGGCCGACCGAGCUCUUACCGGUACAAAGCACCCAAAGUCCUCAGCCUUCAAUGAUAUACUACCGACUUCUGCAGUUCAAGAGGCAUUCCGUUUAACCAAGAAUUUGACAGAUGACUUCAUCGUCGAUGGUCACAUGGGGAACUACUGUUGCGAAGUGAUGCCAAGAUCAACGGAGCUCUGCAUUGAAUAUCUGGUUGAGGCGUUUGAGCAACUUGGCUGUAACAUCAAAACGGCAAAACCAGGAGAGAAGCUCAAGCCUGUUCCGUACUUACCAAAGUAUGAAAAGUUCAUGCAGCUUUUCUAUGAAUUGCUCCGCGAACAUGCACGUCUGAUAGAAAUCAAUGGGUCCGAAAUCGUUCGAACGGCUCAAAAUUGUCCAUCUAAAUCAGCGACGAGCUUACUUGAAGACUUAAUUCAGGAUGAACCUUCUCAUGCGCCCGAGUUUAAUCUCAUACAGGUGACCGGGCCAAGGCUGGCUAAUUGCCUGUCUGGCAAGGAAGAUGGAAUUGGAGUUAUCUUCGGCACAGCCCAAGGUCGGCAACGUGUUUCGGAUCUCUAUGCCUUAUCUCCAAUCAAUCGCGUUUGGAUACAGCAGCUCGCCUAUUUCCUAGAACAGCUCGUUAAAAGAAUGCCUCAAGACGGGCAACCUCUAAGAAUUAUGGAGCUGGGAGCAGGCACUGGUGGUACAACAUCGACAGUGGUCCCCGUCCUGGCGCGACUCGGAGUUCCUAUCAUCUAUACAAUGACAGAUAUUUCGCCCUCCUUGGUGGGCGCAGCUAAAAGAAAAUAUGGCCAAUAUCCAUUCAUGCAGUUCCAGGUAAUCGAUGUUGAAUCACCACCCGACCCGGAGCUAUUGCGCAGUCAGCACGUAAUUCUUUCUACAGCGUGCAUCCACGCAACGCGGAGUCUUCCAGUUUCUCUGGAAAAUAUUCAUAGUAUGUUGCGAGCGGACGGCUUUUUGGUACUUCUAGAGCAGACGAAACAAAUCCCAUUCGUGGACUUCGUUUUUGGGCUCCUGGAAGGUUGGUGGUUGUUCAAAGAUGGGCGUCGUCACGCACUUGCGCCCGUUGCUCAUUGGGAGAAGAUUAUGAAGCAAGUGGGCUUCGGUCAUGUGGACUGGACGGAAGGAAAGCGCCAAGAGGCAGAAUUGCAGCGCUUGAUUAUUGGAUAUGCGAGUUAG